CGCGGGGAUUAUCAACUUUAUUCCUCAGAACGAAUUCCCACUAAUUAUUUUUUUCUAUAAGUAUCUUUAACCCACUUUGUUCUGAAAAUCAUCCGUUUGAAACCAAGAUAUAGAAAUGGCGAAUUCUAUUAAAUAUGCUCUUCUCUUCUUAGUUCUUCUCUCUUUACUGUCACUCUCUAACCUCGUUCAGGCUACUCGUGGUGGUGGCAGAUUCCAUCCUCAAGAUUGCAGACCGAAGUGUAACUACCGUUGUUCGGCAACAUCACACAAGAAGCCAUGCAUGUUCUUUUGCCUUAAAUGUUGUAGCAAAUGUCUUUGCGUACCGUCAGGCACUUACGGCAACAAGCAAAACUGUCCUUGUUACAACAACUGGAAGACCAAAGAAGGCCGUCCAAAAUGUCCUUAACUUCCUUUUUAUAAGGAAAUAUUUAUAAUCGAAUAUUUUGUAUCAUCAGUUCGCCUAUAUCAUCUAGAUAUGUGUCGGCUAAUUAGUAGACUCAACUUGUUUUUGCUUUAUCUUUUGGUUAUCAAUUGUGAUGGUAAGAUGUUAUAAGUUUAAUUAGAGUGAAGCAGAAG